AUGGCGCCCGCCGUUUCUUCUUUUAUUCCCCCUCUCUCCUCCCUCCCUAUUCCCACCUUAAUCCGCGAAUCCCGCUCGCGACGACUCCCCUCCGCACUCUUUUCGCGCGGCGCCGUCUCUAAUCUCCUCCUCCUCGUCGUCGCCGUGCUCCUAUUCGCCGUCCGAUUAACUCCGCCAGUCGCCGCCUUACCUCACUACGGCGCCGUCCCCGGCGGAAGCUGCCCCAUGAAUGAUUGGUCCGAAAACGGCUACUGGGGCGCGCUCGAGGUGCGCACGCAAGUCGCGCUCGCCGUGGCGCAGGAGUGGCGCGACGCGGCGAACGAAGCGCUGGGAAAAUUCGAGCCGCUGCAGCUGCUGGUGGCGGCGCUGCUCGCGGCGGUGGUCGGGGGGAAACUCGCGCAAGUCGCGGGUGCUGCUGCUGCGCAGAUCCGGUACCAAGGCCUAGUACCCUCUCUAAUUGCCCUCUUCUUCUCCCUCAUCAGGCUUGUUCCAGGCGUGAAGGCCUACGUGGAAGAGCAGCAGGCCAAGGUACGCGUGUGUGAUAGCACGGCUCUACCCUUGCAGAUCAAAGCGAGGGGAGCAGUGGAUGGUGCGCUCAGUAUAGGCAGGGGCAUCUUUUUGCGCCUCAUUCCUCCCCCCUUCCCCACGCUCCCCUCCGCGCGUCCCUCUCCCCCGCGCCCCUUCCCCCCUCCGCGCCUGCAGGCCAGGGCGCAGAUAGCGGGGGGCGGCAGCAGCAGCAAGGAGCGCGCGCAGUGGCGGAAGAAGCUCCCAGACGUGGGCGCGGAGGCGGACGAGGUGCUUGGGGAGAUGCGUGCGCUGAGGGAUAAGGACAAGCAGUGGCAGGGGCGGUGCUCUGGGACCGUCUAUGUGGGCGGGGAGUCAUACGAGAAGCACAUGAAGCUGAUAUCAGAUGCGUACACCUUCAUUGAGCCCCUCUCAAGCUGUCCAAAACAGCAUCCUCUCACCCUCCUCAUCUUCUCCACCCAGCCAGGUUUCAGCACAGCAGCCCACCCUUCGCACCUGGCCGUCUUCCCCAGCAUAGCUCGCUCGUUUCCUCUUCCUUUUGUCUAUCUUUCCCCCUCCCUUUCCUACCCCUCCUUUUUCCUCCCUCCCACUCCUCUCUGUCCCCCCUCCUCGCCCUUUUCGUUCUCCACCCCCCCAGGUUCCGGCACACCAACCCCUUGCAUCCAGACGUUUCAGCACACCAAUCCCUUGCAUCCAGACGUCUUCCCCAGCAUCACUCGCUUCGAGGCGGAGGUGGUUGCAAUGACGGCGGCCCUGCUGGGGGGAGGAGAUGGGGGGGGGAGUGAUGGCAGGGCGGAGCAGGGGGGAGAGAAGGGGGCGGGGGAUGCGGGGGGGAAGGGGGGGAAGGGGGUUAAGGGCGGAGCGAAAGGGGAGAAGGGAGGGGCGGGGAGGGAGGUGUGUGGGAACAUGACGAGUGGGGGAUCGGAGAGUAUUCUGAUGGCUGUGAAGGCGGCUAGGGAUUACAUGCGUGCCAAGAAAGGCAUCACUCGCCCCGAGAUGAUAGUUCCCGUGUCAGCGCAUGCAGCGUACGACAAGGCAGCGGAGUACUUCCAGGUGCACCUGCUGCGCGCCCCCGUGGCGGACGACUGGUGUGUGGAGGUGGAUGCUGUGCGGCGCCUCUGCUCCCGCAACACCGUGCUGAUCGUGGCAUCAGCACCUGGCUUUCCACAUGGCAUCAUCGACCCCAUUCCGGAGUUGGGUGAGAUAGCACUGCGCUGGGGCACGUGUCUCCAUGUGGACUGCUGCCUCGGAGGCUUCGUGCUGCCCUUUGCCAAGAAACUCGGCUACCCCCUGCCGCCCUUUGACUUCUCAGUCCCCGGAGUGACGUCCAUGUCUGUGGACUGCCACAAGUACGGCCUCGCUCCCAAGGGCACGUCUGUGGUGCUGUAUCGCAAUAGGGAGAUCAGGAAGCAUCAAUUCUGUGCUGUGACGGAGUGGAGUGGCGGGCUGUACGUGUCUCCCACUGUCUCUGGCAGUCGCUCAGGGGCUCUCAUUGCUGGUGCCUGGGCUGCAAUGAGAGGCAUCGGCAUGCAGGGAUACAUGGACAUCACAAAACGGCUAAUGGAGGCAUCAAAAGCAAUCGUGGCAGGGGUAUCGUGCAUAAAGGGUCUGCAGGUGGUGGGGGAACCGGACAUGACAGUCAUAGCAAUGACAUCCGAUGAGUUAGACAUUUACCGGGUCAAUGAUGCCAUGUCACACCGCGGAUGGGCCCUCUCCGCCCUGCACAAACCAGCCAGCAUUCACCUGUGUGUGACGCUGCAGCAUGUGGGUGUGGUGGAUGCCUUCCUGGCAGACCUACAGGCGGCUGUGGAUGAGGUGCGCUCAUCACCCUCUUCCUCAUCGCAAGGCAUGGCUCCCAUAUAUGGUGCUGGUAACCGCAUGCCGGAUAGAGGAGCUGUCAAGGAAUUGCUGCUGGACUAUAUGGACUCCCUCACAUAG